AUGCAUUCAUUCGACCAUGGCCGACUCGAAGCGGAUUACGAGAAGCCUUUGAUCGAUAUCAUUCUCGCUCUAGGCGCCUGGCAGAUUAGACGCGACGAGAUUCUAGCACCUUCAACGUCAACCAAUGUGAACAUUCCACCAGGAGCAGAUCAUGUUUGGGCGGAGGGUGCCCAAGCCAAUAUUUUCUCUUCCUUCAAAGUACCGACGAACCAACAGUUGAUGGCUCUAUUGCUUUUGUGCGAGUAUGCACACCGAACUGAGCAUUUCUCCUGGGCUUUCGGGAUGGCUGGCUGUGUCUUCCGGCACAUCAGGAUCUUGGGCCUGGAUGUUCCGCGCGGAGACUCUUCGAGCCUGUCCCUCGUGACACCAGAAAGAGAAAUCGAACACCGAAUCGUUUGGGCCUCCUACAGCAUUGACGUCCUGCUCGGCUCGGGGGUGGAUAAGCAUUCGUCCUGGGGCAAUGACUUUCCUCGCAUCCCAUUGCCCUGCUCCAACGAGUCCGUUCUUUCUCAAGAGGCGUCGCAGCCGUUGUUCCUGGCAUCGAUAGAGGAGUUGGGUACCUCAUCUAUCGUGCCUGUUCUAGAUCUACCUGCGUUGAACGUGGUGCUAAUACACCUGCGCACGAGAGUCUUGCGCUGUAUACGUACCGCUCAGAUGUACGAUACCAUUGAAACCCCGACCUCGCCGUUCGUCAGCCUCCUGGCACAGCUGGAGCGCUUUCGGACUCAACUCCCGUCCAAAUGGGAAUUGACCGAACUGAACAUCUAUGUGCACAAGGACCACCGCGUCUUGGGGGGCGUAGUCUUCUUGCACAUGCUCUACCAUGCCGCACUUUGCGACCUGACACGCAUCUCCCUUCCCGGCUUCGACUUCCCUCUUGCGGAUGCGGUUCGGAGGUCUCCCUCGCAAAUGGUGCGGUCAUGUCAGCAGCGUUGCUGUUUCCAUGCGGAGGAGAUCUCGAACAUUAUACGGCGCAUUCAAUUGGCAGGCGAUACGGCGUUCGACGAUCCAUUUGUUGCUGAUGCUACAAUGGAGUCAACUAAGAUCCAGAUCAUCUAUUCAGCAAUCAUCUCACAGCACGUCAAUUUUCGGGCAACGAGAAACAACAUAAUGCUCAACAUGGAUCUGCUGCACAGACUAAGACUCGAUAGGUCCAAACCUAGCCCACACGUGCAAGCACUCUUACCAAUCUGCAACGCUUUUGGCUUUCACGAUAUCGCCGGCGAAUACGGGGCGGAGAGCAUUGAAAGGCUUGUCGAGGUUACCGGUCCUGCCGACCUGGACCAUCUGUCGAAUAUCUCUCAUUUCCGGAGAGCACGCCACGAGGCUGCAGAUGGACAGCAGAUAGCGAGUGCUGCAUGCGCACCUUCUUCUGCCUCGGGUACCUCUCCUGGAACACUCGAUAGCAGGGUCCCGCCCGAAAUAACCAAUGGCGCCCGAUAUGCGGACAAUGAACCGGCAACGGCACGAAACCUGGGCCAACCAGACACCUAUACCUGGCUGCCGCACCCAGCUGCAGCUCCAGUACCAGAAAUUCCACUUCACGAUGGUUCAAAUCUGCCACACACAACAUGGUCAGCGUCGUCCUUGGAACCGGCGGCCGCGGAGGACUACACUCGAGUGGCCGAAGAAAUGUCUCAAUACCUGACUCGCACCGGAGCGGAUCUCUCCACGUUGUGGGACUUUGACAUGAUGUAUCAGGAGCCGUAG